CCAAACAAGGCCACCACAGAGUCGGAGUCCACAAUCAACUUUGGAGCGGAAGAGGAAGUGUAAAUCAUAUCUAUCAAGGAAAGGUGGCUCAGGAAGAAGUACAUGGGGGAACUCAGAGCCCGGCUGUGGAUGAUGAAGGAAGCUUCUCUGAUGAUGGUUCAGCAAGAUACUGAUCUAUGAGGAUAGCAGAAUACUAUUAGAAGUCAUUUAUUGUUUUAUUAGAGGGGAAGAAAAAAUUACUGCAAUCAAUCAACAGAGGAAUCCACAGCCAACCACAACCUGAUGACCAGAUGCUCAGAGCCUGAACUAAACUGAUGAAAAGGAUGAGCAAUGUCACAGAAUUCAUUCUCCUGGGCUUGACUCAAGACCCAGAUCUGAAGAAACUCUUAUUUAUUGUGUGCUUAGUAAUCUAUGUGAUCACACUGGCAGGUAACACGCUCAUCUCAGUCACCAUCUUCAUCAGCCCGGCCCUGGCUACUCCCAUGUACUUUUUUCUGUCCUACUUGUCCAUCAUAGAUGGUUUCUACUCUUCUUCCAUAGCACCCAAAAUGAUCUACGACCUGAUCUCUGAGAGGAGCAGCAUAUCCUUCAAUGGCUGCAUGACCCAGCUUUUUGCUGAGCAUUUUUUUGCAGGAGCUGAAAUCAUCUUGCUGAUUGCCAUGGCCUAUGAUCGUUAUGUAGCCAUCUGCAAGCCAUUGCACUAUAUGACCAUCAUGAACCGUUCUGUGUGUGUUUCCUUGGUGGUAGCAGCUGGAAUUGUGGGAUUUGUUCAUGGAAUGAUACAGACUACUUUUAUAGCCCCGUUACCCUUCUGUGGCCCCAAUAUCAUUAAUCAUUUUAUAUGUGAUUUAAUACCCAUUCUGGAGUUGGCCUGCAUUGACACUCACACUCUAGGGCCCCUUAUUGCUGCCAACAGUGGGUCAAUGUGCUUAAUCAUUUUCUGUUUACUUAUUGUUUCUUAUAUAGUUAUCCUUCACUCCCUGAGGAAACACAGUUCAGAAGGACGUCACAAAGCCCUGUCUACCUGUGCUUCUCAUGUCUCUGUUGUUUUCUUAUUCUUUGUACCUUGCUCAUACUUGUAUGUAAGACCAAUGACCUCCUUUCCUAUUGACAAAAUUGUGAGUGUGUUUUACACCCUAGUGACACCUCUGUUGAACCCUUUAAUCUAUACCCUCAGAAAUGAAGAUGUCAAGAAAGUUAUUAAGAAACUCCUGGGUCAAAUAAAGACACAUUAUGGUUAAAGAAGUCUAGUAAUUUUCUAUAUUUAUAUAGUAAUAUCUAGAAAUAUUUCAUAUAAAUUUAUUUGCCCUAAGUGACUUUAAUUGAUAAUGUCUAUUAUACUCUGCAUCAGAAUUUACAAAUGGAUGAUUUCUGUACUAAAGAAAUAGGAACAGUGUAAUAAUACAUGUAGAUAAUGUGU